AUAAUAUGAAUAUCAUGAUCCCAGAAGAAGUUCGUGAAUAUUUAAUGAAGCUUUCUGAUGAAUAUAAGGAACAAAAGAUCGGAAGUCUUAUCUGUGAAACAGAAUUAGAACCAGAAACAGUUUUUA